AACCGCAAAUUUUCGAAUUCCCAAGGUUGUCGUGUUAAAGUGAUGGGUUGGGAUUCUCUUAAUCUCCCAGAUUAUAUUGUGAAGGCAGUCAGUGAUUGUGGCUUAGAACAUCCUACACCUAUACAAACUGCGGCUAUACCACCUGCACUCCACAGUUUUUCCGAUGUUCUUGGAUCAGCACCAACAGGAAGUGGGAAGACUUUGGCGUUCGGAAUUCCUCUAGUAUCAAGAGUAUUCUCCCUCAAGACUCUUGAGAACCAGACUUGUGAGGAAGAGUCCAAAACUAAUAGCUUGAUUGAUCAACAAAAAUGCGAAGUGGCAUCUUGCGUCAAACCUCGUGGGAAAAGGAAGAAAAAAAAGAAGGAAACCGACAUUUAUUCAGGUUUAGAUGUCAUAGAAGAGUUAGAUGUAAAUACUGGAGAAAUUCGCGCAGUUCAUUCCCUUGGAGAUCCUGUUACAGCAGAUCCUGAACCACUUCCAAUUACGAAAUCUCCUGUUUGUUUUGAACCGAAUUCAAAAAGGAAUCGUGUAUAUGGGCUUGUUCUAGUUCCCACCAGGGAAUUAGCUAUUCAAGUUACACAACAUAUUCGUGCUUUAAUGCGAUAUGUCGAUUGUAUUCGUAUUGAAACUAUCGUUGGUGGAAUAUCGGUUGAUAAACAGAUUCGACUUCUUCGACGUUGUCCGGAUAUACUUGUUGCUACUCCGGGAAGACUAUGGCACUUUAUCCAACAAGGUGAUCCUCAUGUUCUGACAUUACAUAAUGUUAAUGUAGUUGUAGUUGAUGAAGCUGAUCGAAUGAUUGAAGCGAAUCAUUUUGAUGAUUUACGUUCAAUUUUCAAUUGGUUACAUUCAUCAUCAAAUUUUAAUAAUGAAGGCGAAAAAGAAGAAGAUCAAGAAACUACAACAAAUAAUCAAACCCAUUUGAAGAAAACAUUAAAUCUCAAAAGAAAGCAUAAAUCAGUUGAAAUGUCAGAUAAUUCUACGGAUAUGAUGAAAGUACAACGACAAACAUUAAUUUUUUCAGCUACUCUUACAUUUGUACAUAGUGGUGCAUUAAAACCAGGUACUGGAUCUAAAAAUCACAAACUUUUACCAAACAAUAAAAAUACUAUGACUAAGAAAAUAAAACUUGCGGUACUACGUGAAAUGUUCGGUUUGAAAAAAUCUGCUAAAGUAAUCGAUUUAUCAUCAAACCAUUCCACUAACCAAUCAGCUUCAAAUCCCGGCUCAGUUUGUCAAUCAACUUGCCCUGAUAGCCUUUCUGAAUGUCGGUUGUUAUGUCCAGACCAAGCAAGCAAAGAUAUUCGACUAUUUUGGUUCAUUGCAUUUGGUCGUCAUCUUGAAUCUUCAGAGUAUCCCAAUCGACGGUGCUUAAUUUUUCUAAAUAGUAAAUCUGGCGUACGUCGAUUAGCUGGAGUAUUACGUCAGUUGCUCAGUUCAGAUGCUUUUUUGGUAUCUGGAUAUCCAUCACUACAGUAUGUAAAUGUCUUACAUGCUGAUAUGAUUCAGAAGCAAAGACUACGCGCACUUGAACGGUUCCAAGCGGAUCCAAAUGGAAUUUUACUCGCUAGUGAUGUAGCUGCUCGUGGUUUAGAUUUAGCAUCAAGUGAUAGUAUAGUUGAAAAAAAUGGAGUAUCAUGGGUUAUACAUUUUGACGUACCUCGUACAGCUGAAUUAUAUAUACAUAGAUCAGGGCGUACUGCCAGAGCUAAUCGUCAAGGGACUAGUUUAUUAUUUAUUUCACCAAAUGAAAUUAUGUUUUGGCGUCGAAUCGCUGUCAGUCUUCAAAGAACUAAUUUGGAACUUGAUGAUUUUAUUAUUCAACCAACAACUAUUCAAUUGAAUAUCAGUGAACAAAUUGUUAAAUUAGCUAAACAAAUUGAUAUACAAGAGCAUAGAAAUUCUCGACAACUAGCAAAUGAUAAUUGGUUUACUAAAGCAGCAAAAGAUGCCAACAUUCUAUUAGAUGAUGAUGAUAAUAAUAAUAAUAAAUUAGGCGAUGACGAGGAUAAUAGUGGAAAAAGGAACUCAUCCAAGAAAAAACUUGACAGUACAAAAAUACUAAAGUCAGAGUUACGUCAAUUAAUCAAUGUUUCACGUGGAAAAUUACAGAAAUUGACUGGCGGACAAGUAAGAUGUUAUCAACGACCUAUACAAACACUUUCAAAGAUCAAGCUACUUAAAGAGUUUGGUACAAUAUGAGCACACGUACUAUUCUCUUCAAUUUUUCUGUAAAUAUAAAUUACUGGAUCUUUGUAAAUCUCAUUUAAAUAAUAAAUAUAUAUACCUCCUCGG